GGGGGGGCGGGCUGGGCACCCCGGGGCGCGGAGAAGCGCUCUUUGCUUCUCUCCUUUUCCCCACGCCGCACUCCUGGGCACCCUCAAACCAGUCCACGCUUCUUCCCUCUCCCUCCUUUCUCGCUCCCUGCCAACUUUUGGUCCCUCCCCCGCCCCUCUCCCGUUAUUCGUCGUGGCUCCAGUCCGGCUGCGCCGCUCCGAAGGUUCCGCCGGACCUCCCAGCCUGCAACUCGGACCAUUACAGGAUCCAGAAACAUGUCGACCACACUUCUGCCCGCCUUCUACGAUAUCGACUUCUUGUGCAAGACGGAGAAAUCCCUGGCCAACCUCAAUCUGAACAACAUGCUGGACAAGAAGGCGGUGGGAACGCCCGUGGCCGCCGCCCCCAGCUCGGGCUUUACGCCGGGCUUCCUCCGACGGCACUCGGCCAGCAACCUGCACGCGCUCGCCCACCCCGCGCCUAACCCCGGCAGCUGCUCGCCCAAGUUCCCGGGCGCGCCUAACGGCAGCAGCUGCAGCAGCGGGGUGGCGGGAAGCCCGGCCUCCUACGGCACCCUCAAGGAGCCGUCGGGGGGCGGCGGCACAGCCCUGCUCAACAAGGAGAACAAAUUCCGGGACCGCUCGUUCAGCGAGAACGGCGAACGCAGCCAGCACCUUCUGCACCUGCAGCAGCAGCAGAAGGGGGGCGGCGGCUCCCAGAUCAAUUCUACUCGCUACAAAACUGAGCUGUGCCGGCCCUUCGAGGAGAGUGGCACGUGCAAGUACGGCGAGAAGUGCCAGUUCGCACACGGCUUCCACGAGCUGCGCAGCCUGACCCGCCACCCCAAGUACAAGACGGAGCUGUGCCGCACCUUCCACACCAUUGGCUUCUGCCCCUAUGGGCCGCGCUGCCAUUUCAUCCACAACGCGGAUGAGCGGAGGCCCGCGCCAUCGGGGGGCACCUCUGGGGACUUGCGCACCUUCAGUGCGCGAGACGCGCUGCACCUGGGCUUCCCUCGGGAGCCGAGGCCCAAGCUGCACCACAGCCUCAGCUUCUCGGGCUUCCCCUCCAGCCACCACCAGCCCCCGGGGGGCCUCGAGUCGCCCGUGUUCGACUCGCCCCCCAGCCCCCCUGACUCGCUGUCGGACCGCGACAGCUACUUGAGCGGCUCCCUGAGCUCCGGCAGCCUCAGUGGCUCCGAGUCCCCCAGCCUGGACCCCGGCCGCCGCCUGCCCAUCUUCAGCCGCCUCUCCAUCUCCGACGACUGAGGCAAGAGGGCGCCAGUGAGGAGGAAGGGAUGGCCGGUUCUGGGGUUGUAGGAGGGUGCCCCCCCCUGCCAUCUCACCCCAGCUAGGGGCAGGGGGACACAAGAGGGGGGGGUGGCAAAGGCCACAUGCAGACUGCAGGCUGGACCGAGCACUUGGACUCGAACUUGUGUGCCAGGAGGGGCCCCCACCCCUCCCCUUUCGGUUUCCUCUUGUUUUGUUUUCUAUUAUUAUUUUUAUUACGAAGUUUCAUUCUUGUUGAGAAAAAAAACAACGAACUUUUUGUAUUGAUGAACAAAAUAUUCACAACUUGGGCAGUUGUGAUGCGAAUUGAACAAAAAAACCAAACACUUAAACUUUUUUUUUUUUUAGGUCUCAGAGGAGUUUGGGACUUUAGGGAAAAAAUCAACCCAGCACCAGCAGCUACCAACCACCAUUCCAUAUCCUCACUUGAAAAGCAUUAGUUACAGUCCAGAUGUGGGAACUCUUGAAAGAAGUUCCUUAUUGUGUUUGUCUCAGACCAGUGUAAACAAACCAGCCAAGCCACCACCUUGUUAAACCUGUAAGCUUUUAAAAUUUAAUAUUUUUGCCAAGAACAUGCCUUGAUAUAGUAGGCUUCGUAGGUUCAUUUGUUUGUUUGUAUUUUAACCAAGUGAUGUGUGCCUGGAAAAAAGACCUUUGCAUUCCAAAGUUUCAUACUGGGUUACUGGUUACAUUGCCACCACUUACUUAGUGGAUGUUUAAUUUAGAACCAUUUUGUCUGCUCCCUCUGGAAGCCCUGGGCAGAGCUUAGUUUGUAGUUGUUGGGGAAUAACUGCUGAAUUUUUAGCUGUUUUGAGUUGAUUCGCACCACUGCACCACAACUCAAUAUGAAAAAACUAUUUAACUUAUUUAUUAUCUUGUGAAAAGUAUACAUUGAAAAUUUUGUUCAUACUGUAUUUAUCAGGUAUGAUGGAAAGCAAUAGAUAUAUAUUCUUUUAUUAUGUUAAAUUAUGAUUGCCAUUAUUAAUCGGCAAAAUGUGGAGUGUAUGUUCUUUUCACAGUAAUAUAUGACUUUUGUAACUUCACAUGGUUAUUUUAUUGUAAAUGAGUAAAAAAAAUCUUAAUUUAAGAGAUUGUAUGUAAUAUUUAUUUCAUUAAUUUCUUUACUUGUUUACGUAAAUUUUGAAAGAUUGAAUGAUUUCCUUACAGAAAUCUACAUGCUGUGGAAGUAGUUUAAGAGUUUUCUUAGAAUGUAUAAUGGUUGUAGCCCAUCCAGCUAUAAAGAAAAAGUGACCACAUACUUUGCAGACAGGUUUAAAUGUGGCAUGCUUUUCUCAUUCCAUCUUUAUAAACCAGCAAAAGAUGUUUUUGUUUGCUUAUUCCACCAGCUCUACUGUGACAUAUUCUGCGUAUACAGACAUGUAGCAAUAAUGGGGGGUAGUCUCACAGUGCCUUUGGAAGGGCCAGAACUAGCCUUAAAUCUUCCUCAACCAAAUAAGUAUUUUGUCUAUUAGUGCUUGAGAGAAUUUGAAUGUAGGAUGGGUUCAACUGCACAAAAGGAAAAGAUUUUUACCACUUUUUUUUAUAUAGAUAAAGUGAAGAGGCCACCUCUUAGUGCUAAAGUAAUAGUAUGUUAUUACAUGAAUAUGCCUUGUUUGAUUACAGAAAAUUCCAAAACUUGUACUAUUUUUCUUCCCAUGUAGAAAGGCAGGAAUGCUUUCCUGACAGCAGGUGAAUGAGCAGUAGCUUUAGUUUGUAUGUACGUAGGUACAGUUGUGGAGCACUAUGUAUGUAUGUACUCUGGACUACUUGGACAGAAGUAGGUAUUUGAAUGUAACAAGACAAGUCAACUUGAGUUGUAAUAUAUUUUGGGGAAUCAGUUCACUACAGAUUGUGACUGUAAACAUUGUACUGUAAAUGUUUUGUAGUUUUACCCCAAUAAAAGUUUUGGGAAAAAAAA